UGCACCCUAAACACAACCCUUAAACAUCACAAGCUUGAGUAUCGAUCGCUCAAUCCACUCUGGCAUCGACCAUGUCGAUGUCGGCUUAUCUCUGCUCUCCGUGGCGCCGGCCGUCAGCAGCUCUCCACCGGCACCAUUGUCGCAACCACGCAGGUUACCGGUUCCUAUUUGCUCAGGAUCGACGGGUGCACACUGAAGACGGCCCCCAACGGCACGCUGGUCAAGUCAGGUACCUUCGGCGUCGGCGGCCACGACUGGCGCAUCAAGUGCUACCCGAACGGCGAGAAGGGUUACGACGGCUGGCUCUCCCUCUAUCUCGAGCACGCCAGCCAUAGCAAGACCGGCGACGCAAGGGCUUGUGUCCGCAUGAGCAUACUGGACCACGCCGGGAAGCCAUGGCGCACCAAAGGUAAUACCGAAGCCAAAGGCGUUAAAUAUUCGAGCUCGAGCUCAACGUGCCGGGGCUGGGGAAGCUUCAUGGAGACCAAAGACCUGGACAAGGAGAAGCGGUUCAAGGAUGACGGCGUGUCCAUCCUAUGCGACGUCGCCGUCUACGACACGCGCGCUGCCAACUACCGCGCCGGGCUCACGCCCACGGGUACCGUGGUGCCCCCGAGCGAGCUGCACCAGCAGCUCGCGGUGGUCCUGUGGGAGUCCAAGGAGGGGGUGGACGUGGAGAUCGAGGCCGGCGGGGAGACCUUCGCGGCGCACAGGUGGAUGCUCGCCGCCCGGUCGCCCACCUUCAAGGCGGAGCUCGCGCUGACUACCGCAACGAACAUGCUACACAUCGACGGCAUGGAUGCUGCAGUCUUCAAGGCCAUGCUUCACUUCAUCUACACGGACACGCUGCCGAAGGAGGUAGAGCUGGCGACGAUGGCGAAGCCGCUGCUCGUGGCGGCGGACAAGUACAAGCUCGAGAGGCUGAAGCUGAUCUGCGAGGAGGAGCUGUGCGGGCACAUCGGCGUGCAUUCGGUGGUGGCCGCCAUGCUGGCGCUGGCGGAACAGAACUGUUGCCGCGUGCUCAAGGAGGCUUGCACGCAGUUCCUCUCUGAGCCCGGGAAUCUGAAAGCAGCCAUGGCGACAUCUGAUUUUGAGCAGCUGAAGACGGGUUGCCACCAUGCUCUUAUGGAGCUCGUCAUGAAGCAGUAUAUUACCGCGACAGAAGCAUAGCAUAGGGCCCUGUAGCUUGCAGGAUUAGUGUGUUAACUGGGUUUAGUCCUCUGUCUGUGUGUCCCCCUGAAAGUUCUCGUCGCCAGCAAGACAAGCUUUAAUUCUUGGUUUGAAUGUGAGUGAGUGUGCACGCUGCACGGUGAUGUCUGUGCCUUUGUGG